CUUGUUUCCCUUCUCUUCACCACCACAAAACAAGUCUUCAUUGCAGAGCAAAUCCAUCAAUGGCGAACGCGAAGGAGGUGAGGCUCUACGGCAUGACUCGCAGUGGCUACUGCCUGAUGGUCCACCACGCCCUCCGCCUCAAGGGCGUCCCCUACGACUACGUGGAGGAGGACCUCAAGAACAAGAGCCAGGAGCUGCUGCGGUUGAACCCGGUCCACAAGAAGGUUCCGGUGCUGGUGGUCGACGGCCGCCCCGUCGCGGAGUCGCUCGUCAUACUGCAGUACAUCGACGAGCUGUGGGGGAGCUUGGCGCCUCGGCUCCUGCCUGAGGACCCUCACCGCCGAGCCAAGGUUCGAUUUUGGGCGGAUUUCGUCUACCAGAAGGUUGUGCCGCUGACGUACGUCAUCCCCAAGGCGGAGGGAGAUUCGAAGGCGGCGGCGGUGGCCGAGUUCAGGGCUCAACUGGUCGCCAUGGAGGCCGGCGUCGGAGAGGAGCUGUGGGUCGACGGAGCAGGGCCGUUCAUCAACGGCGACGCGCCGGGGCUGCUCGACUUGCUGGUGGGCUCGUGCCACACCGGGAUCAAGUUCCUGGAAGGCGUCGCCGACGUUCAGCUGCUGGAUAAGGAGGAGACGCCGCUGCUGUGCUCCAUCAUGGAGGCCUUUUUGCAGCUGGACGUCGUGAAGGAGACGACGGACUUCCUCCAGCAACACGUCCAUAACGAUCGUUGAACAAUUGUUCGGCUCAAGACCUUUCGUUGACUUUGUAUGAAUAAUUGAUGAUUUGGAUGCUGCGGCAGCCAUGACUGUACUUGGCGAGAAGAUAAUAAUAAAAAAUAAAAACUUCUGAA